AUGCUGCAUACAGUUCCAGCUGGCUCUGACUUUGAAGAGGGUCACACACUUGUUUCAAAACAUGUUCAAAAGCUGAUAGAUAAAUUUGAGUCUAGGGAUAUUGGCCUCAGCCUAGAGAAGUUGUCCGCUAGUCCUUUGGCUGGAGAUGCAGAUGUAAUGGAUGUCAGUGGAGAACUACUGUCUUCAAAUGUAGAUGCCUCUGUUAAUGAUUUAAACAAGGAUCAAGGAAAUGAUUCCUUCAUUGGAUCCAACACAUUGAAAGAGAUCCAGAAGCUUUUAGCAGAGGCAGAAAAUAUAGCUCUGACUCAGUUUGACCCUGUCCCUGACCCUAUCCCUUCCGUUGCCCCUUUCCAAGAAGUCAGCGACUCUUCGUCAGUGCCAAUUGAAAAGGAUGGUUCUGAAGAUUCCAGAUUAGUAAAGGACAUCAGUCCAGCACUUCAGAGAAUAUUAUCAUGGGAUGAGUCCUUGACCAGAAGAAGCAUGCAAGAAGAUAGUUCACUAAUGAAGACCCUGAAUUCCCGCAGGCACAGUUUAAAAUGGGAAAGCUCUCUUGCUAUUGAUUUACCCACUAAGGAAGAAAUUGUGGAAGAGAUGACUAGACCAACACAGCAGGGAGCUAUGGAAGCGUGUGGGGUAGCAAAAUCCAUAGGGAGGUCAGAACCAGAGGGUUGCAGUAGUGCAACCGUAGAUAAAAACCUGCCUGCUCUCAUGGCUAUUACAAAGAGUAAUACAAGUAGUGAAUCAAGCAUUGAAAGGGUUUUAGAAUUGCAGAAUCCUUCUGCCAUGGAGCCCUUAGGCAGCAUCGCCAGUGACCUCGGGGAUUUUCAGUAUGCCUUGGCUAAAACUAAAACUAGUGUGGCUGGCAGCAAAGAGGGAGAUGGCAUUCGAGAGAGCGAUGACAGUAGCAGUGUAGAUUCACUGGCUGCCCGUGUCAAAAGUCUUCUGAAAAAUGAAUCCCCUGUGCUACAUGCAACACAAAUACUAAAAAGUGCAGAGGAAGAGGAGAGAAAAGCUCGUGCCUGGGUGAAGCUGAAGCUGACUAGCCAGCCUCAGGGUUCUGUGCCAGAUCUGAAUGAAGAGGACAGGCAGAGAAUAGACGAGAUCAAGACGGAGCUGCUUCUGAGCGCCAGGAAAUCUGUGUUAGCCAAGACGCUCAGAGCUAAUCCCUUUGAUGCUAGCAUUGAGCUCCGCACACCCUUGUGUAAAGAUAUGGACAAAUGUUCGAUGGGAUUGGUGGAUGCUUCCAGUGCACCAACAGAAGAGGACGUGAUUCUUUCAUCUCAGAAGAAGCUGUCUACAGAAAAACCUUCUGUAGAAGUUGCCAAGCAGAUUACUUCCAUCACUUUUGCAUCCCGUAAACGUUCCCAGUCUCCUGAUAAUUUCAAGACCACAGUUUCUGCACAAACUGGAAAGGCAACAUCUGAUGCCAUAACUCAGAUAACAACAGAAAGUCCUGAAAAGACAACGUUUUCAGCAGAGAUAUAUGUUAGUACUGAAGAUGGUGAAACCAAUCAGCCUCUGCUGCUGCCAUAUAAGCCUUCUGGAAGUUCCGAGAUGUACUAUGUUCCCCAUCCGAUGAAAGGACCCAAAAUAUCUCCUGUCAGGUCAGAGACCACUAUUGAGAGCUCUCACUCAGGAUCAAAUGAUGCUGUUCCUCCAAAUUUUCCAGCAAAGGUACUUGGUUCCAUGGAUGAGAAUUCUCUAGACACUGUAGCUAUUAAACAUAAAGAGGGUAUCUACAGUAAGAGGUCUGAGCCUAAGGUAGCCUGGGCAAAAGAAACAAAGACACCACAGGAAGCUACUACAGAGUCCGUGAAUCAUUUGGAAUCUGUAAAAACAACUCAUUCAGUUUUCAAGUCAGCCCAGUUUUACCUUCACCAUCCAGUGCCCCUGCAACAUGAGAGUUACUUCCUCUCUAAUGAUGAGCCUUCAGAGGAGUGCACGGAUAUUGGACACACUGGACCUUCUUCAAGAGAUUUCUUCCAAAACUGGAGAGCUGCAAAGAAAGAUCAACACUCCUUCUCUGUUUACCCUCAAAUGGGUGAGGAGGAUGAAUUCUCCCCACUAACUGCAGAAGUGGAUUAUAGCAAGGUUGAGGACUUGAGAUUCAAUGCAUCUUUGGGGAAUGAAGCUUCAGGGAAAGAGCUUGUACAAGAGGACCAAAAGAAGGUCAGAGAUUAUCUGCUAUCAAGCAGCCAAAGGACUGAUUUAGUCAGGAGACACAAGAUGGAUCUGCCACUAAAACAGAGUACCUACUCCACUGGCAGUUUGGAUGAGCUUUGGACUAAGUUUUUAGAGAGUCAGAAGAAGCACCACCUCCAUAAUCUUAAGAGCAGCAAUGAGCUGUCCCUAGUGGAACGCCUUGAUCGACUGGCCAGAGUCCUCCAGAAUCCCGUUAGGCAUUCACUAAUGCCUACAGAGAAUGGCAAGAGCAAUAUUGGAGAGAAAACUAGGGGAAGAGAGCAGAAGAAAAUAAGACAUCAGGACAACAGGGUAUAUGAAAGUAACCUAGACUCUUAUAGAAACGUAUUGAAUGCUGAAGAAAAAUCAGAUACCAGUUAUGAUGAAAAAAGACAAGCUGAGUCUAGACAACAAAGGGCAGGAGAGAGAACUAUCAAUCACAUGAAGAGAUUCUUGAAACAGAAAUAUUUAGAUCCCCUGAGUGACACCUCUUUAGAGACCAUGCCUACUAAAGACCACGUUGUGGUGACAGAUUCUACCACCUCGGAAUCAGACACGGUGAUCCAAACAGAGAUGGAAACAACUUCUCAGACUGAGGUGAGCAGUUCCAUUUCCACCAUUGACACUGCCAGGCUGAUCAGGGCUUUUGGGCAUGAAAGAGUGCGCUUGUCACCAAGACUGUCUGAACUGUAUUGCACCAUCAGUCAGCAGAAAAGUCGCUCUGAAAAGUGGGACAAAGGAAGAAGUAAAAUAGUGGGCUUGAAAUAUCCUAACAUGACUUAUGCUGAGCGACAUAGAAAAAGAAAAGAUACCCAGAUGGCAGACUCUGUUAUUUCAUCAGAUUCUGUUGCUACAAUCAACAGUUCCUGGGGACCAAGUUCUGCCCUCAGUAACAAGCGACACACACGGAUGUUAAACAAGGGCAUCCAAGCAGGAGAUUUGGAGAUUGUGAACAGUGCAACUAAGAAAAACACUCGGGAUGUUGGUAUGACUUUCCCCACCCCAAGAUCUAGCCAAGCGAGGCCACAGAAACCCUCAAGUUGUGCCACUGGUGAUUUUGGGCAGUUGGAUGGUGUGUUUUCAGAUUUUCGAAACCCAGCAGGCAAGGGGAAACAGGAGGGACAGCCAGGCAAUUUUCUCAUGGACAAAAAGACAGGAAGCAACAGGCCGCAGCUAUCACAAGGAGUUUCCUGGUUUGUUCCUGCUGAGGAUUUAAAGUCCGACUCUAGGAAGGAGAACAAAUCUAACUCCUUUUCUGGUCCAGGUCCAUCCUGGUUUGAGCCACUUGCCAACACAAUGCUGUGGAGAGAGCCACUCCGAGAAAGGAACUGGAAAGAGCAGCAAGGCAGCAUCAAGAUUCAACCAGUAGUAGUCCCAGUAAGAGAUGUUGAGAACAAGCCCCCAAGACCAUUUGUGAAAAUGACGCUGCAGGAGGCUCUUGCAUUGUACCGCCCUGAUUUCAUCUCCCGCUCUGGGGAGCGUGUGAAGCGCCUGAAGCUCAUCAUGGAAGAAAGGAAGCUACAGAGUGUGUUGCAGAGCGAGCGAGAGGAGCUGUUCAAUCCCCCUGAGAAGAAGGGUUAUAAGAAUGCUAAUUACCUGCUCUAUAACAGAGACUACCUGGUUAAACAGAAGAGAAGGACAAUUCUAAAGAGUGAAAUGGUUCAGAGAUCAAAACGAAUCUAUGAACAGCUGCCUGAGGUGCAGAAGAGGCGAGAGGAAGAGAAAAGAAAAUCUGAAUAUACUUCAUAUCGGCUGAAAGCACAGCUUUACAAAACGAAAAUCACAAAUCACAUCUUAGGGAGAAAAGUACCUUGGAACUGAUCGGAAAAACAGUCUUCUGUUUCAAUAAG